GUAGAAGAGACGAGCGACGCAGCCGUUGAGUAAUCGGCGGAAGCCAUGGCGGCUGUUGAGGGGGAGCCCGACGCCUUCGAUGCUAUUGUCAUGGCAGAAACGAGGUAGGCCAUGUUCAUCGCGUUGGCGCCGCCGCUUCCUGACGAGGAACUUUCCCCCUUUCGUUUUGGCCGUGAACGGAAUGGGAAAGGCGUGUCUCUGGCCGCGGAGAAGGCCAAACGGGGCCGAGUAGCGGCAUCCUCCCUUCAACGCCAUCCUCUGCUUUAAUGUAUCCCCCGCAGAAAGUGGGAGAAAUUCGUUGCUGAGGCUACGUGGAAUGAAGGUUUUCCUGCCAAGUGGCUCCCCCGGUACGAUUCCGUUUGGUGAAUGGUCGCUCUAAAAAGAGUGCAGAGAAGAGCAACAAAGAUGAUCAGGGGACUGGAGGCUAAAACGUAUGAAGAACGGUUGCUGGAAUUAGAUUUCAUGGUGAAGGCUAUCAAGAUGGUUAUGCUGAAGGAGUCCAUGCUGGUGUUGUGGAAGGAAGGCAACAUGGAAUACAGCAGGGUGCCAGCAUUGGCUCAGAAUAAAAAAAUAAAAGUCCUGGAGCUGUUAAUAGAGAUGAUUCAAAACUUUCCUUUGGAAGAUCCAGCUUAUGACAAACUUCAAGAUGACUUGGAGAAAAUUAGGGGACGGUUUAAACAAAUUUGCUCAUUAUUGCAUAUUCCAUCUGAUUUAAGACUUGGUUCUGAGAGAAUUUCAUUUUCAUUUUGAAAGCAACAUAAAAAGAAAAUUGCUGUUGAAUAUAAAAAGUGGUUACAUCUCACACAGAGUGAUCAUCUUUUCUUUUCUAUCCACUGAGCAGAAAACUACAAGGAUAAAGCUGAUUUUAUUCUAUUUGAAUUGUAUCAUUGUAUCAUUGUUUUGGUUUGCACAUUCAAGCCCAACUAUGGCUUCAGCCUGUUGGUUAACAUACUGUUCCAGAAAUUAAUGUUACACAUUAUUAGAGAAGAAAAUUGAUCUAUGGAACAUCAGCUAAAUAGUGUUAUUUUUUUUUCUUCUGUUCAAUUGUGUCUGAUUCUUGCAGAUAGGCUGAAAAAGUCCCUGCAGUUUUCUUAGCAAGAAUUUUUCAGAAGUGAUUUGCCCUUGCCUACUUCCUAGGGCUGAGAAAAGUGACUGGCUCAAGGUCAUCCAGUUGGCUUUGUGCCCAAGGUUGGACUAGAACUCAUGGUCUUCUGGUUUUUAGCCUGAAGCCUUAACCAUUAUACCAAUCUGACUCAUUAAUGACCUAUUGCCACCGUUUAUAUUGAAAAGAUAACUGCAAGUAGUCCUCAACUUAUGAUCACAAUUCGGACUGGAACUUCUGUCACUAAGUGAUAUUUUUUUUAAGUGAUAAACACCCCAUUUUAUGAUCUUUUUUGCUGUAGUCAAUAAAUCAAUAGUUAAGUGAAUCCAUCUUUCCCCAUUGAGUUUGCUUAUUGGAAGUCAACUGGAAUGAUUGCAGAUGGCAAUCAUGUGAGCUGGGGAAACUCCAGCUGUUAUAAGUACAUGCCAGUUGCCAAGUGCCCUAAUUUGGAUCACAUAACUGAGGUUGUUGCAGCGUUCGUAUAUCACUUUUUUCAGUGCUGUUGUAACUACAGACAUUCACCAAAUGAAUAGUUGUAAGAUAAGGAUUUCCUGUAGAGCAUUUUAAGGAUUUUUAAGUAGAUUUUGUAAACACUCUGAAGAGUGCCUUCCUAAAAUUGGCAUUCUGUAGGAAGUGAGUAAAAUACAUAUUUCACUACAUUAGUGCAAAACCCACAAAUUUGAAACAUAUUAUCAGUAUGUCUGUAUUUUUACAAGUGUAUCUCAGAUGGGAUGUGUUUUAUUUGUAAAUUAAUUUUGGAGGCUCCCAGAUAAACUGAUUUUUGGUCAGUAGCUUUCUUUUUAAGAACAGUAGUAAUCAUCAUCGUUAUAAAAAUUCUAAGAUAAAUUUUGAAAAUAAACUUUAUUUGGAAGAAAUACAGAUGAGGACCUGUAGAGAAUUUUGUAGCUUGCAGAAAUGGCCUUCAGAGGCCAAUCUGGCACUCUCCUGUGCAUUUUAUAAAUAAUUUUAAUAGACAAGGUAAAAUUAAUUUGGCUUGUGGGCAUGUUUUGUUAUGUCCUGUUUCCCUCUUAUUAUUUUCCUAUCCUUUGGUAGUUUAGAGGAAAUAAGUGGCAAAAUUAACUCUGCCAGUCCAAAAACAGGCUGCUGUAUGAAUUCUUUUCUUUUAUGUCAUCCCUUUGAAAUUGCCCAAGGAACAGUAUAUUUAUGUAUUCAUUUUUAAAGCAUGCAUGCUGCAUCUCAGGCCCAGGUCUUCCUGGGAUGGUUUAUAAUGUAUAGAGACAUCAUAUGAGAAUAGUAUUUAAAAUACAGUACUACAGUCAGUGCAGUAGUAAAGCAGGAAGAGUUCCAAUGCAGCAUUUAUUUACCAAAUCCUGCAGCUAAAAGCUCUUUUGCCUGGCACUGAAAACAAAAAAAGGCAGCUGAAGGGGACCAGGGUUAAAAUGUUGGUUUGAAGUGACAAUGUUUUCCUUCUUGCUUUAGAGUCCAAAGAUCUACUAAGCUCCUGUCUUCAAUAUACUGUACUUGCUUUUUAAAUACAAAUGUUAGCGUAUUUAUCGUUCCUUGUGAACAACAUUAUAGUAACUAAAUCAUGGGGGAUCCAAGACUUCCACUCCUUGCACUGCAUUGCUGUGUUGGUUGUAUUUUGCUGCUUUGGACUGAGAAGGAUGACGAGAAAACUGAAUUGUGUUAACAUCCUACUAGAUAGGAUUUUGCUGUACCUGUGAAUAAGAUUAACUUUAAAUUAUUGAGAUGUUAGAAAACAACUGAUUAGGGCCACCUAGUGGGAAAAAUAAUUACAUCAGCUUUAAAAUUCCAAUGUUUUCAUUAAAAAUGGUAAACAGUUUUAAUUAAAUCGGCUUUAGGAAGAAAGCUUUUGUUUUAAAAAAUGGAAUAACUGAGAUAGUAUUUACUGAAACAGUUGAAAGUUCUUUGUAUAUUCAAUGGUAAAUCUGAUGUUUUACCCGUAACUGAAAUUAUAUUCAUAAUUGUACUCUGUUAGUAUUAUCUGUUGUAUUGAUUAUAAGGCUGGCCAAAUUUGACUGCCUGCUGUGUGUUAUGUUCUCAUAUUUGUACUAAACUAUUUUUUUCUUCAAA